AUGCCGGCCGCAAACGGCUCGCACCACCACUCGAACUCGAAUUCAAGUCUGACCAUCUCCAACCGGUCGUUCUUGGAGGGGGCCACCAUCAAUGGCUCGCCGGGAGGAAACACCAGUGUCUCUGCUUCCUGGACGGUCGUGAACUCCAUCGCGUCCUCCGCGGCGGAGAGAGAUGCUCAACUGAAGGACCUAACUGACCAGCUCAACCAUGACAUAAUGGUCAAGGAGGGCGCAGAAGCGAUGUUGCAGGAACCGCUCACGGGUAGCCUCAGGACCGACGUCGAGCAAGAACUUGCCAUCGCCAAAGAACGUAUCGUCCGCUUGCAACGUACCAUUGAUACAUACAAUGCGCGUGACCGCGACCGCAAGCGGACCAACGAUGCCCGACCGCGCCGCAAGUUCGCUGGUGCGCCGCUCAAUGAGACCGCGAACUGGGUCACGAACUGGAAGACGGACGGGACGGAACGAGACGACUUCCGGUCGACGAUGCACCAGGCGAAUAGCGCGAUAAAGGCGCUGCUUCUCAUGUCCAAGCAUCCCUCGCACCACCACGCGACGUCACCCGCGCCGUCGCCGUCAACGUCCCCCUCGACAUCGACGCUCCCGAACCCGGCGACUGCGACGGAGGCGGAGCUCAGCCGUGCGCGGAUAGAGACGAUGAACAGGCUCAUCGGGAUCCUGCAGAAGAACAUGCGCGUGCGGUACGAGAUCGAGGUCGGGGAGGUGGUCAUGUCAAGCCUCCUCCCGUGUCUCGCGGACAAGGCGACGAAGCAGGCGCGGGCGACCGCGUACCGCCUCAUCCGCCACUCGCUCGUGGACGCGCACUCGGUGCAGCGCAUCGGCGAGCAGAACCUGGACUGGUACAUCGUCAAAACGCUCUCCCGCGACAAUAAGCACUCGGUUGAGAAGGAGCAGGCCGUCAAGCUCAUCCGUGCCGUGGUUGAGAUCGGGUCGGAGCGAUACGCGCCGCACACCGCCGUCGGCUCGGGGACCGUCCCGCUCUCGGACGCGGUCAUGCGCGCCAUGAUCGCCGUCGCGGAGUCUCCGGACGACCCUUUCAAGUCGAUCUGCCUCCAGACGCUCACCGAAAUCCCGGAGGGUCCGCUGGACAUGGCCCCCCUGCUUACGUCGGCAUUCCUCCACAUCAUCGAUUCGCCCCAAACGAGAGCGUAUCUUGAACCCGGCAUGGAUAUCGAAAUCGCCUUUACAGGGAUUACCGACGCCUAUGGCAAAAGCAUAGAACACAUGGAACGGGUGAAGGGCUGUGCCCGCAUCUUCUCGUCUAUGCUUCGCUCUUGGAGCGGACUCAUGUACUGCUGCGUGAACGACAAAGCUGCGAUCCGAGCCGUCGUGGAUUGUUUGCGAAUACCUGCCCUUGAGACCCGAGAAGUUAUUCUCGAUACCUUCUUCCAUCUCCUCAACAUCAAACUACCCGAGUGGCAUCGAGCGUUCAUCGACGGUCGACGGCUUACAAUGUAUCGGAAGUCAAGACUGAGCGCUGAGAUACAACGGGCGGAGAUUCCCCAUCGGCCACCACACACUCUGAAGCUCACCGACCAGUACAUUGCCCUCCUCAUCCUGAUAUUCACCAAAGCCGGCUUGCUCGAUGCAUUGACGUCGAUGUUCGAGGAACCAGGGAUUGAGCCCGCUUUGUCCCGAAAGGCCACAUUACUCAUGGCAGAGGUUCUGCAAAAAGCCAACCGCGUUUUGCCUCUAUCAGUAGCAGCGAAAAUCCAGUCUUUGCCUCGGAUCUUCAAUCUUGCAUCGGACUACAACGAUAACGAACAUAGGAUUAUGGGUUCCUCGGCGUUAACCCUCAUCGAUAGUUUCAACCGGCAUCACUCGCGGUCGGAACCUACUGCCAAGGGCGACGCUUCUCGGCCAAGAGCGAACUCGGUGGAAGAGUCCAUCCGAAGAGGCCAGCGAGCGGUUGAGCAAGACCGUAUGAAAGUCCGGAUCCAGGUGGACGACAGGACGUUCCAGGCAAACCUGCUCGAGACGCAAGUGAUGCUCACGAAGGACCACACGAAGUGGUCUUACGACACACUGCUCGACCUGAUCGAGGGUCCCUUGCACAAUCCAAAACGGAUGGAAGAGGCCAUCAAGGUGCUCAAGUAUAUCCGGCGGCUCAUGUCGUUCUUCCACCCCUUCGCGCACCGGUAUAGUGACCUGUCGAGGAGCAAGUUCAACAUGCGGUGGACGCGAAUAGGCUGCUCCUUGCUCACUGCGCUCCUUGCGUGCCCGGACGGCGUGCGGUUCCUAGCAGAGGACGAGUUCCUGGGCCAGCUGGUGAAGAGCUUUGCACAGCUUGAUCCUCUCAAUCCAACGCCUACCACCGAUCCGAUUUUCUCGAAGGAGCGGAUGGAGAAGACCCUCACCGGUGGCUACUUCGAGAUGGUAGGAGUUCUAAGUAGACGAAAAGAAGGCAUUGAGUUGCUGGAGAAAUUCCAGCUUUUCACGGCCUUCUAUCAUCUCAGCGAGUUGCGCAGCAGAGAGGACCUCAUCACUGGCAUCGUCGAGAACCUCGACUACAGCAUUGACGGCCAUUCCCGGAUUGUCUUGUCGAAGACGCUGACAUCGAGCUACAAGCAUGUCCGCUUAUAUGCGACCAACCAUCUCGGAGGGCUCAUCCGCACAAGCCAGACCGCUAAUGCUUGGACAAUACGUCUCCUUCUGACUCAGCUGUACGACCCCGCAGUCGAAGUACGAGAGCUCGCAGUGCGCUUCUUGGAAGAGGCAUGUGAGGCAACGGACGUCCUCCAGAUGGUAGUCGAGAUGCAGCCCACCCUAGACCACCUUGGGGAGAUCGGACACCCGCUGCUGCUCAAAUUCAUGUCGACCACCGUCGGUUUCAGGUUCCUUUAUGCGGCAAGCUAUAUUGAUCGGGAGAUGGAGCUUUGGUUUCAUGAACGUAACCUCCACUACGUAGUCCACAUCGAGGUCUUUCUUGCGAAGGCGUUCAACGAGAAUGGCGGAGACGAGGGUGAUGAGAUGCUCGCAUUUGAUGGCAUCGUUCCUCCGCAUUUCUACGGCGUCAUGGCCAAGACGGAACUCGGCUGCGAGGUUCUUCAAGAGAAAGGCCACUUCUCGGAAUUCGCGCAGUUCAUUCGUGCCCAUGGCCUCGAACAAAGCGAUCGUGAUAUUAUCAUGAAGUUGAAGAGCGUCCUUUGGGCUGUGGGCAACAUCGGGGCUGCGGAGGGAGGCCUGCCGUUCUUGGAAGAAGAAGAGAUCAUCCCGCAUAUCCUGAACAUCGCAGAACAAUCUCUUGUGCUCUCUGUUCGAGGGACAUGCUUCUUCGUGCUCGGCCUGAUUUCGUCCACCCCCCAAGGCGCUGAGAUACUCGAUGAUUACAACUGGGAAGCCACGCUUUCUCCCCUUGGACUGCCGAGCGGCCUCUGCGUUCCCGUCGAUGUUGAACAGUUCGUUUCCAUUGAUCCUUGGAAAUGUAUAGCGAGCGAGACAGUGGACGACAGUCGGCUCAUCCCUCCUGAGAGCGAGGAAGAGAAUGAGCUCAUGACCGCCCUCUACAAUCUCGCGAACACCGUCAUCGCCAAUGCCGCGUCGCGGACGCUCACGAAGAUGAAGAGCAAGCCGGAGUACAGGCACAUUUUCAGCUCGCCACGCGUGUUCUAUCGGGCGCUCCACACGAUCUCAACGCAGAAGUAUCGCAUGCCGGUCCGGCGGUACAUCAUCGACCUGUUCAACAUCGAGCUCGACGCGGACGUCGUGCAGGAGCUGACGGAGAGUGCCAUGGCCCUCCGGAUGCCUCCUCCCGAGCGAGAGCCCCCAGCCCCCGCGAGCAACGGCGACGACCAGGACUCGGAGAACGACUCGCCGCGGCCGCCCCCGCCUCCCAUCCCGAGAGCGGUGCAGAACGCGCGGGAGUCGGUGAUGCCGUUCCGGCAGCGGUCGGUGCGGCAGCCGGUGUCGGACUCGAGCGAGGAGGAAGAGUCGGACAUGGAGGAGGAGGUGGUGACGAAGAAGCGGCACCGGGCGCCGGUCAUGAGCUUGCGGCCCAAGAGUCGGAUCAUUGGUUUCAACUGA